AUGGGCUUAUCAAAUUAUGCUUUAGUUAAAGAACAUUCAGAAUUGAUUGAACUGAUGCUACUUUUGACAUCUGUCUACACGAAAACGCCUAAUAACACAAGCUACGAUGAUGAUAAAGUUAUAUUAGUUACUAUAUCGCAGGUUUCGGGGAUUGCGUCUUUUGUUGUCUGGUUAUUGGUUCAAAUCCCUCAACUUAUUGAAAAUCAUAUGAACCGGUCUGUUCAAGGUCUUUCAUUAUUAUUAGUCAUAUUCUGGAUAAGCGGGGACAUAUCUAAUUUUGUGGCAAGUGUGUUGAAUGGAACUCCCUUUCAGGUAUGUAUAGGGGCAUAUCAUUGUUGUAUAGGGUCGGUUUUGGGUAUGCAAUACUGGUACUAUACAAACGUUUAUCCGCGUCUGUUAAAAGUCUCCAACGAGCUACAAAAGAACACAAGCCUCGAAAUACACCCAGAUAUAUAUGAGUCUAAAUUAAUUGGACGAGCUAAUAGAUUUGAGCAAUGUGAGGAGGAGGGUUAUAGCAGACUGCGGAACUUACAUACAUCUAGAAAUGGACGAUCUGUGGAUACAGUUUUGAAGACUUCAUUAAGCACUAGCGCAUUGAUUCAACAAUCAAGUGCCUCGCCAGUUGCUUUUGAUAACGACUUGGAAAUGCCAUCGAAUUCACUCGCUCAUAAAAAAGUUAAUGAAAUUGUAUCGGCCAUUUGGGUUGCCUUGUCAUCAAGCCUAGGUAAGAUUAUUUCUCUCAAAGAAAACUCAAUACCGGCUUGGAUGUGCUCAUUAUUCUACGUAUGCUCUCGUCCACCGCAGAUUAUACAAAAUUAUAAGGCGAAGUCUACUAAUGGUCUUUCACUAUACACAAUUCUAUUAGCAAUGAUUGGAAACUUAUUGUAUACAAUAUCAAUUGUUUCUAAUUCAUGUAUUCUCUUUGAGAAAGAUACUGAUGCAUUUAACGCUAUGAUAUCAACGAAUAUGCCGUAUGUGAUUAGCAGCUUAUUAACUUUUUUUUUUGAUACCAUUUUAUUAGCUCAAUGUUUGUAUUAUGAUGAUUCGAAUAUUUCAACAAACUCAUUGAAUUCCAGUUUCCUGGCCAAUAAUCUGAUAUUUAUGCAAUAUGAUGAUGACAAUAUUAACGAGAUGAAUAAUCCAGGUUAUCGUCAUCCCAGAACUGGGAAAGGGAAGCAGAAAAAGAGACUCAUUUAUCAUGACGAAUCAUCUUUGCAUUUCCAAACCCCCGCUUGGUAUACUAAUAAUCUCUUUAUUACCGACCCUAAUGAAGACCGAGAUGAAGCAAGAAAUACUUUUUUUAGCAACGAUUCGAGAAAAACUCCCCGAGAAUUAUCUAUCCAAAAUGAGACGACAUCUUUAUUGAAUAAUGCUAUCAAUUACACGUUGACUACGCCGCCAUCACAUUAUAUUUCUCGCUCAAUUUUAGAGAGGCAAAAUCAAUUGUCUUCGCAAACUAUACCAAAUGGUGUUGCAAAUUCGACAUCGAGAAAUGGUUCCGUUAACGCUGUCAAGUCUGCAUCGAUGUCUGCACUAAACUCAAUUAUAUCUAAUGGAAAUGGUAAUAAUGUUCAAUACAAUACACCAAUUCUAAAUACUUCCUUAAUACCAUCGAUCGUGAGCAAUUAUUCUUCUAUAUCUAAGAAGUUAUCUCAUGAUUCCAAAACCCCAUUUCUGCCAAGUGACUUCUUAAGUGACAAUUUUUACAAUCGACCAGAGCAUGCAAGUAUUUCAUCGAACAACAUGCAAUAA